UUUUCGCACAUAGUCCAAUACUUAUAUUUGGAAGACAGCCUUAGACAGGAAAGACAUCUUUGUAGGUUUCCUGAUAAAUAAAAGUGAACACAUUUUUCCCUCGAUGUAAAUCUGUGAACGUGCAGCAUCCGUUAACAGCAAUCUGACAAAUCUGCAUUUUGCAAUAAUGAGACCAACGUAUCACUGCGAUUUGAAUCUGCAGUAUGUCGAUGCGGAGCAAGCAGACAUCCUUUUAAACCAUGUGGCAUCUCUGGGAUACAGUGCCGCUGCUCUUACUUAUGACGCCUCAUCCGAAGAUUUUACCCUACCGAAAUGUAAAAUCGAGCGUAAAGCUCGUCAGUCCGAGAAAGUGCGGAAUCCCAUUGAACUCCUGCCCAAGUCGCUGGAGAUCAAAACCGUGGAUGGAACUCCUCUGCAUAUCUUCCGACGCUUAAAUGUUCCCAUAGAGGAUCCUCGGCGAUUUUUCGAUUUGGCCCACCAUGCCUUGUGCAAAACCUUCGACAUCCUCUCCAUUUCCACAUCCGAGGAGAGGUAUCUCCAACAGGCACUCGACGAUCCCCACGUGGACAUUAUCGAAUUGAAUCUGGACAUGAAGCGACCGGUCCCCGUCAACCGCAAACAUGCACGCCAAGCCCAGGUUAAUCUGAAGUCGUUUGAGAUCUCUUACGGACCGGUUCUGACGAAUCCGGAUGAUCGCUGCCGUUUUAUGGGCAACUGUCAGCGAUUGGUAAAUAAUCUGCAGCCCGGCGAUCGAGGGAAGCUUCCCGAAGUGGUUAUGUUGUCGAGUGGUACGGAGCGACCGGAUGUGCUACGAAAACCGUCCGAUGCUGUCUGUUUACCUGAGUUAUUCGGAAUUCCUGAAAAGUAUGGUGUUCUGAUGAAUAAAGAUACGGCCUGGCAAGCGCUGAAUAAUGCACUGUCGCGACGGAGGACGGCGAAAGGCUGUGUACAGAUUGUUAGUUUUUAAUAUGUGUUAACAUCGUUUUCCGAUUUUGUAAAAUUUUAUGUUACGAAUGGUGAUGAUCGAUUUGUGCCACUUUUUUAUUUCUGUUUCCUGAUCUGUAUCAUGUUCGUUGGCAUGUGAUACAGUGAUAGUACAAAACAUUCUUAAAAAUAUCAUAAAAAUUAUGUACUGUAGAUAAUGUCACCAUAAUGGUAAAUUUAAGCAUAAA